GUGACUGGAAUGAUAAGAUGAGAAGCAGGCAUGCGCUGCUGAGGUUCCUCCUUGAUGAGGCCCUGUUGGCGCUGGUGCUGGCGUGGCUGCUGGGCUGCCGCGUCCUGGCCGUGUGUCCCUCCACGUGCUCCUGCAGCCGCAGCCACAGGGAGGUGGACUGCUCCUGGAAGGGGCUGAGGCAGCUGCCCGACGGCUUGCAGCACAACCUGCGCUCCCUCAAUCUGUCCCACAACCGCUUCCACGGCCUGGACGGCGAGCUCGCGACCUACACCCACCUGCGCGUCCUGGAUUUGUCUCACAACCAGCUGAGCCGGCUGCCGGAGGACCUGCCCCGCUCCCUGUGGCAGGUCCACGCCGCCGCCAACCGCAUCCGGCUGCUGCACAAGAACGACACGGUCUUCCAGUGGAACCUGCGAACGCUCGGCCUCGCGCACAACAAGCUGGAGAAGGCCGUCUUCAUCAACAACACGCUGACCAACCUGCGCACGCUCGACCUCAGCCACAACCACUUCUGGACUCUGCCCACCAACCUGCCGUCCCAGCUGGAGACCGUGGACCUGUCCCACAACCUACUGGUGAAGGUUCUGCCGGGCUCUCUGGACCGACUGCCCAGGUUGACUCACUUCUACCUGCACGCUAACCGGCUCUCCUCGCUGCCCGGCGGAGCGCUGGACGGGCUGCCGUCGCUCCGAGUGGUGACGCUGGGCAACAACCCGUGGGCCUGCCACCUGGACGCCCACAUCGCCUACGUGCUCCGGUGGACUCAGAACACCCCGGCGCGCGUGCUCGGCUGCCCCUGCCACACCCAGCCCACCUGUGGAGGCGUGCGCCUCAGCAGGACCGGAGGGUGGCACUUCGCCUCCUACAACCUGCCCCCUCUGGCCGCCAGCGCCCCCAGUCUGAACGCCUUCCCCCCCGAAGCCAGCGUCACCGAGUGGUGGUACUUUUCCAGCUCUGACUGGCUGAGCACACCUCACCCCCCCGAGGAGGCCGCGCAGGGUCACACCCGAGGAGACACGGCCAUCAGCAUCUCCAGCCCCUUUCCAGUGGAUCACCUGCCUGGAACUGGUAGCCCGGCCGACGUCCAUCACCUCCCCGGCACCGAAGCAACGUCGCCCUCUGACUCGCUCAAAAGCAAGGACUCGGGUCUCAUCAUCGAACCUUCCAUGGGGAAUGAGAUGCUUCUCCCCACGGAUCGAUUCUUCACCACCGAGAGCAACUCCAUCCAGACGAAGAAGACGAGCACCCUUCGCACCAGGAGCGUGAGGAGGCAGAACCCGUCCUCCUCCGGCGGCGUCAGCAUCAGCGGCCCGGCUCCUGCCGUCCGCUCCUGGCUGCUGUUUCUUCUGUCCUUCACUGCAUCUAAAGUCUUUUGA